UUCUCCCAGUCUCUUCUCGGAUUUGAUAAAUCUAUUCCAAAAGAUAUAUAGAGAGAGAGAGAAUAGAAACCAAAGAUCUUUACUUGAUUAAGAGUGUGAUGAAGAAACAUAUACGCUCAGUCGCCGUCACCGUCAUUGCCCUCCUCCUCGUAUCCGCCAUCGCCACCGUGCAUGGCAGCGGAAUCCGACAACUUCUGUAUACGAAAGACGGUCCAGUGUCCGUACCUCCGUUCCUCAUCUUCGGAAACGAACGGCUCGAGAGAGCUUACGUGGCGCUACAAGCAUGGAAACGGGUCAUGAUCUCUGAUCCCUUCAAUCUCACGGCGAAUUGGGAGGGAUCCAGUGUCUGCAACUACACCGGAAUCUUCUGCUCCCCAUCUCUCGACGACCCUUCGAUACAAACCGUCUCCGGCAUCGAUCUCAACCAUGGUGACAUUGCCGGCCACUUACCCGACGAGCUUGGUCUCCUCACCGACAUUGCUCUGUUUCACGUGAACUCGAAUAGAUUCUGUGGAACCAUUCCACGUGGCUUCAUACAACUGGGUCUUCUCUUUGAGCUCGAUCUGAGCAAUAACCGGUUCGCUGGAAAAUUUCCUGAUGUUGUUAUCGGUUUACCAAAAUUGAAAUUCCUCGAUCUCCGGUUCAAUGAGUUCGAAGGGGAAUUACCGGAAUCUCUGUUCGAGAAAGAUCUAGACGCUAUAUUUCUAAACCAUAACAGGUUCAAUAGCAAAAUCCCAGGUAACAUAUGUAACUCCCCAGUUUCGGUUAUCGUACUGGCGUCGAACGGGUUCGAGGGAUGUAUACCGGUUAAUUUCGGUAAGAUGGCGAAUACUCUGAAUGAGAUCAUCAUGACAAAUAACGGGUUACACUCGUGCUUGCCUAAGGAGAUCGGGUUGCUUAAAAACGUAACUGUUUUCGACGUGAGUUACAAUUGGCUCGUCGGAGAGUUGCCGGAGACGAUUGGAGAGAUGACGAAUCUUGAACAAUUGAACGUGGAGCGUAACAUACUUUCAGGUAUAAUGCCGGAUAAUCUAUGUUCGCUCAAGAAGCUGAAAAAUUUCAGCUUUGGUUAUAACUAUUUCACCGGUGGACCGCCGUCUUGUCUUAACCUCGAGGGUUAUAACGACACGAUGAAUUGCCUGAAAGACGAACGGAACCAGAGAUCGGUGUUAGAGUGUAAGGUGUUUUUGUCCAAACCUGUUGAUUGUGAUUCCUUCAAAUGCUAUCCUGUUGACCCUUGUCAUCCUCCGCCAUCACCGCCGCCGCAGAUGGCGUCUCCUCCUCCACCGCCACCGCCUCCGGCACCAUCGCCGCCGCCACCUCCACCAACGUCCUGUCCCCCUCCGCCACCUCCACCGUUACCUCCGUGUGUGCAACCGCCGGCGACUCCGGUUUCUCCGGUAACAUCUGCGGCUGAAAACUUCUCGCAACUGCCACCGCCGUCGUUGACAAACUGACUUUUUCUUGGUCGUUCAUAGGAUUGUACUGUUGCUGCAAACUCUGAGUAUAUUAAUUGGCGUUGUAACAUGAAUGCGUGAAACCACAUGACAAAUCUCUGGCGACAUUAAAACAAUGAUCCCAUGCAUUUGCUGUUUGAGCUGAGAAGUGACGCGCAGAUCCAGCAAACUCUCUAGAGCACAAUAUAUAUAUAAGGAUUUUUUUUCUUUCAGCUUUA